GUCCCUCGGUACUGAGUCGCGGCCCGCAGCACGCUGUGGGGCGGCCGCUGCCAGAGGACUGCGGAGCGCCGACGCGCCGCUUCGUGCGCCGCCGGCCAUGGUGCGCGUGGGGCGCGGGGCUCAGCCCGGCCCCUGAGAGCGACGCCUCGCCCUCCGCCCCCCUCCCCCCGCCCGCUCCACACUGCCGCCGCCGUUUCCCCCACCCGCCUCCACCUGCCUCCCUGCUUCGCCGUUGCCGACCUGAGGCGUCGGGCAUCUGCUUCUCUCCGCGCUGCAGCCCGCCCGUUAUGGAGCCGUCUGCGGGAAGCCGCUGGGAGUGAUCCCCGCUUUCAGACCGACUUGCUGGUCGGCGGCGGCCGCGUUUGCUCCCAUGGAGCUGGACGAGACGCCGCUCUCUCCGCCGAAGACCAUGCUACUAAUGCUGAGGAAAGUUCGCAAGAGGCGGGAGAUGCUGCUGCAGCAGCUGGGCUUCAUCUGCGCCAUCCUCUUCUUCGUAUGGUGCAUGUCCAGUCUGCUCUCCAGACUGGGCCAAGAGUCAAGUGUUGGAGACAGACGUCUUUUUUCAGAAAUGUGGAAGAAUAGGAAGUUGAUGGCAUUGCCUAACGCAACACAUAAAGAAAAGAACUGUACAGAGCCAGCCAUUAAUGAAUUUCCUGAAGAUAUAUUUACAAAUAAAGAACGGCAGCAAGGAGGAGUUCUGCUUCAUAUCGUUGCUGCUCUUUAUAUGUUCUAUGCUUUGGCUAUAGUAUGUGAUGACUUCUUUGUUCCAUCUUUAGAGAAAAUUUGUGAGAAACUACAUUUAAGUGAAGAUGUUGCUGGAGCCACAUUCAUGGCAGCAGGGAGCUCCACUCCAGAACUGUUUGCAUCUGUUAUAGGUGUGUUUAUCACUCAUGGAGAUGUAGGAGUAGGGACCAUUGUUGGUUCAGCAGUUUUCAACAUUCUCUGCAUUGUUGGUGUCUGUGGAUUGUUUGCAGGACAGGUGGUGAGUCUCACCCAAUGGGCUGUGUUCCGGGACUCUGUGUACUACACGCUGUCUGUGAUCGUACUUAUUGUUUUCAUACAUGAUGAGAAAAUUGAAUGGUGGGAAAGUCUUAUACUCAUCAUUAUGUAUUCAUUCUACAUACUUAUUAUGAAGUACAAUGUGAAGAUGCAAAAAUUCUUCACCCUUAAAAGCAAGAAUGUUGGAAAUGGUGACACAGUCAACAAUGAGCUGGAAGAUGGUAAUGAACGUUAUGCCACUAGUUGUGAUGACCCAUCCAUUCCAUUAUUGUGGACAGUGAAGGGGACGCAGCAGUAUGGCAAAAACAGUGUUGUGAUGGUGGAUGAGAUCAUCUGCUCUAGUCCUCCCAAGUACCGGUUCCCUGAAGCUGGAUUGCGGAUUAUGAUUACUAACAAGUUUGGACCACGCACCAGAAUGCGGAUGGCAAGCCGACUCAUCAUUAAUGAGCGUCAGCGGUUAAUCCAAUCUGCCAAUGGCUCAAGCAAAGCGCUUCAGAAUGGGAGACAUGAGAAUAUUGAAAAUGGAAACAUUCCUGUGGUGAACCAAGAGGAGGAAAGUGAACAGGACAAUCUAUCUCCCUUCUCAUUGCCAGAUGGAAAAAUGAACAAAAUUAAAUGGAUUUUGACAUGGCCAUUGAUAUUCAUGCUCUUUUGCACCAUUCCAAACUGCAGCAAACCCCGCUGGGAGAGGUGGUUUAUGAUGACAUUCAUCUUAUCCACUGUCUGGAUUGCUUUGUUCUCCUACUUCAUGGUGUGGAUGGUGACUGUGAUUGGAUACACCCUUGGAAUACCAGAUGUCAUCAUGGGCAUUACAUUCCUAGCUGCAGGAACAAGCGUCCCAGACUGCAUGGCCAGCUUAAUAGUAGCAAGACAAGGCCUUGGUGACAUGGCAGUGUCCAACACAAUAGGAAGCAAUGUCUUUGACAUUCUGGUGGGCCUUGGCGUUCCCUGGGGUUUGCAGACCAUGGCGAUUAAAUUUGGAUCAACUGUUAAGAUCAACAGCAAAGGACUGGUCUAUUCAGUUGCACUUUUGCUAGGAUCAGUGGCACUUACUGUGCUUGGAAUCCAUGUAAAUAAGUGGAAACUUGACAAGAAAUUAGGCAUCUACGUGUUGUUCCUUUAUGCUGUUUUCCUGUGUUUCUCCAUAUUGAUAGAGUUUAAUGUCUUCACCUUUGUCAACUUCCCUAUGUGCCGAGAAGAACCUUAAACCACAACAAGAAGAGUGACUGAAAUUCUUCUAAUUACAUAUGCUGUAAAUGACAGGAGGCACUUCACAUUUUUACCUUCUUUCCAUCAGUAAUUUGAAUGUCGUUCCUGCUUUAUCAUCUAACAAGCACUUUUACCUGUGUGGAAGGAAAGCAUACCUUUCUUUUAACAUGCUAGCUCAAGGCAACCAAAGCAUUUUCCUCCUCUUUGGACAUUGCUGCUCAGUCACGAAGUUGUGUGGAUCUUACUCAGAGCUCUAGAAUGACCCAUUUCUGGGACAUUCUGUUUUGGUUUUCAUUCUCCCUUUGCAGACAAUCAACAACCACCACCAAGGUUAGCAAAAGGAUGGGAGAAAAAUCCUUGUAGUUCUUUUGGUUUUGACAUUUACUUUCCAUGGGAGAAUAAGAGAACUUUUCUUGGCUCAGUUAAAAUGGCUCAACUACAAGACCAGAAAGUCCAAGGCACAUACCAUGGCAUGCACUGUUGAGGACAUCAUUUCCCCUUCAAGUGCUCUGCUUAUAGAGGAACUGCACUGACAGUUUUUGAUGGCAGUGUUGAAUAUUUAGUACUCCUUUCAGCGUGGCAGAGAAAGAAGAGGAAAUGAUUGUACAUUGUAUCAUUUGUGAUGAUGCACACUAGAAGUCAGACUUUCUGCAUAUUGAAGAAGAUAAUUACAUGCAGAAAUUCAUACUUGAAAAUACAUUUUACCAUUAAUGAGGAAUGCUGUAUACAUAAAUAUAAACUAACAUUUGUGGAAUAUCAUGCCACAAGAAAAACUUUGCUUGGCCCUUGUAAGCUCAUUGUGUAAAUUUAGAAGAAACUAAACCAAUAAAAUAUAACUGGGUGCUCAGUAAUUAUCAGUUACUGUUAUCAGCUGAGAGUUGUAUCUGAACAUAAUCCAGACUUUCUGACAACAAAACCCACCCUCAGUAUGAUUCGAUCUGAUUGUGGGAGGAAGAAGCUUAUUUUUUCGGUCAAGAAGCUGGUGUGGUCUACGUUUUUAUUUAUUUCCUGAAGACAAGUGUCUGAUACUGAGCAGUGCAGAUAAAAGCAAGUCUGUCAAGAGAAUACGAUCCUUGAUUUGAUUGCGUGAAAGUUCUGAAGCAUGAUAUACUUAUUUUAAACCCUCAGGAGAAGCCACAUUUUGAUAUCUUUUCCACCAGCAUAAAUCUGAUACAAGGAAUUACUCUGGAUGUAAUUGACAGCAAGAUCUGGCCCAGAGUAUUAAAAAUAUUGGGUAACAUUCCACACUGUUGCAGUCACAUGAUUGCAGAUCACUGAGAGAGUGUAUUUUGA